AUUGGAUUGUGAAUGUCACAUGACUUAAGUGGUGUUAAAUAUGCGUAUGAAGCAUACCAUAAACAACAACUCACCACUUCCUCUUCUUUGCACAAAUACACACACAAAAAAAUGUGAGUUUCCACUCUGACUGUCUGAUGGUCAUCAUGUUUCAUCUAAACCAAGCAGCUCUGCUCUCCACUCAGCUGUUACUGAUGCACCAACUUGUUGCAGUGUUAGACAAUGGUCCAGUUUCCCGCAGGAGUAUGCAGGUGUCCAGUGGAAAGUCUGUCACACUCACCUGCAACGCAUCCAUGGCAAAUAUAAUGCAAAUAAACUGGACCAAAGGCAGCAGCUCUCUUUUUGCUCAUGUGAUCUUUAAGAAUCAGACUUUUUCAAAUUUGACCUCUCACAGACUGAGAGUAGACUCAAACUUCCCUUUAAACCUGCACAUUUCUAAUGUUCAGCAUAAUGACACAGGACUCUAUAGAUGUACUGCAAAUAGUGUAAAUACUGUAACUACUACUGAGUGGAAUUUAACAGUGUCUGAGGAACUUGAAGCAGCAGUCUGGUCACCGUGGUAUUUUCCAUACAUACUCACAUGUGUACUUGGAUUUCUUCUGUAUUGCAUCACUUCAGCUGUCUGCCUCUGCAGGAAAAUCCAGACCAAGACCCCAGAGCAGGAUUUAGUCAGUGGCAAUGACUGUCGGACCCUGACUUACGUCCUGUUUCAUGUCCAGCAGGAAGGAAAGGUGGCUCCUGAUCAGCCCCAAAGUUGUGUAGAAAACAGGAUGAAUCUCAAGCAGAGGCUCAGCUCUGCUUUAGGCCUGACAAGCGUGACGUUUAGCUUAAAGCUGAAUGAGGAAUAGGAGAUGUGUCAGACAGGAAGUACAAAACAAGCCAUGUUUGAUGAUGAAUGAUGAUAUGAAAGUUGAUUAUUAUGUAUUUUCCAGAUGGUCAUACUAACUUAAAUGAAGUAAGCAAACAAAAAUUGGGUCACUUUUGAUAGCAAAUUGGGCCAUUUUGGAACAUUUUUUUAUGUAGAGCAUAAAAAUCUUGAAAAGAAAAUUUACAUCUACAGCUGACGUCCGAUGCAUCUACAUUACAGUCUUUCAAAAUUCCA